AUGGAAAAUUCUCGCAAUUUCUCUGAAAAUACUGUUGGAAACAAUGCGAUUGUCAAUCAGGGCAAUGGCAAUCAUAUCACGGUCAAUGCUGAACAUGAAGAGUUCAACAAAUGGCGCCAUACGAAAGACAGUGGUGUCCUCUGGAUUAAAGGAGAUCCUGGAAAAGGCAAGACAAUGUUGCUUUGUGGCAUCAUCGAAGACUUGGAACAGAAUUCCGACAGCGAAAAUCUAAGUUAUUUCUUCUGCCAAGCCGCAGACUACAGGAUCAACACCGCUGCAGCCGUUGUCGGCGGUUUGAUACAAUCGCUUCUGAAGCAAGACCCAGCGCUCCUUUCGCGUAUUCGCGAGAGGCAUGGGAAUGGGCCCAAGGGCCAACUGGAUGGACCUAAUGCAUUGGUCAUUCUAUGCGACAUCUUUGAGACUAUCACUAAUGAUCCGGGCUUAACAAAUGUCAUCUGUGUUGUUGAUGCACUUGAUGAGUGCAUAACAGAUUGCAGACGUCUCCUCAAUCUCAUCAUAAAAACAAGUGGCCGUGUCAAGUGGCUACUUUCGAGUCGGAAUGAGAAAGACAUAGAGAAGGGGCUUGACCAAGUUCCUCAAAAGCUUAUCCUGGAAUUGAAGCAGAAUGCUGAACAAAUAUCUAUAUCCAUUGAUGAAUAUAUCAGCCACCACAUUCAAGAAAUCGACGCCUUGAAAGAUGAUGAACAGCUUCAAACUAAAACGUUUGAUAUGUUAAAAAGCAAGGCUCAGGGCACUUUCUUGUGGGUAGCACUGGUGGUUGAUCAGCUACACAAUACAGACCAUUGGAGGGUGGAAGACGUGUUGGAGGAGGUACCCAAAGACCUAGAAAAUCUCUACGGUCUAAUAUUGGACCGAACUGAGAAACUGGGGCGAAAAGGCCGAGAAGCCUGUCAAGUUCUACUCUCAAUUGUCACUACAGCCAAGAGACCUCUCCAUCUUGAAGAGCUUCUCGUUUUCGUCAACUCCCAUUGGAAGGAAAGCAAGCACUUCAAAGCCACAUACAACUUACGAGAUAUGCGCGACAUGGCGAAAGACUGUGGAUCAAUUCUAUCGAUCAGAGAAGAUAUUAUAUACUUCAUUCAUCAAUCAGCCAAAGAUUAUAUCGUGGAGAAUGCAACUCAACGUAUCUUCCCCAUUCUACACCAGCAUUACAAGAUGUUUGAAACCUCACUAGAAGCUAUGUUUAGUGUCCUAAAGUACGACAUAUAUGAUCUGGAAGACCCCGGGAUACACAUAGACGAGAUAUCCCCAAAAGACAACAGGUCUGAUCCCUUGUUUCCCAUAAGAUAUUGCUGCGUAUUCUGGGUUGAGCAUCUAGUCUUGGGCUACCAAUUUGAAGGGUUCGAGAAAGACAAAUAUCUCAAAGACGACGAAAGGCUUCACUCCUUUCUCAAAGAAAAAUUUCUUUGUUGGAUAGAGUCUUUAUCCCUUAUGCGCAGCCUUGAACCACAAGCUGAGAUUGCUCUCCACAAACUCAACCACCUCGUUGAAAGCUAUCAUGGCGGCCCAAGCCUCAGGCAACUCACUGCUGAUGCCUAUCGAUUUGUGGAAAAUCUUGAUUUCAAAUUGUUUGUGCCUAGCUGGCCGUUACAGCUUUACUUUUCAGUCAUGAAUUUGGAGAAAGAUAGACGUAACUGUACUAUCCGGAAGACAUUUGAGCGGAGAAUAACUCUGGGUAGUAGAGUUGCCUUCUUUCCCAACUCUAAUGACUUUAUAUCUGUGUCCCAAGAUGGCAUCAUGAAAAGAUGGAACACGGACAAGAAAUCUAGCAUUGGAGACCAAUCUCUGAGUUUCGCAUAUGCCAGCUAUAACCCACAAUUCCCUUCAAGGGUCAAUUCAAUGGGAAUAAUGGAGUCCCUCGAGGAAAUGGUUAUUGCUCUAUCACCCAAGGGAGACUUAGUAGCGUCGUGGUAUCGCAAAACAUCUCAUGGACUAGGCUUGGUAAGGAUCUGGGACACUGAGACGGCCUGCUGCCGUAAUUCAUUUGAGCCCGACAAAGUACCCUACUUGCACGCAACGUUUUCACCAAACUCUCAGCUUCUGGCUCUAUCGUUCAGCGAUGGCGUUAGAGUGCACAACGCGAAGACGGGUGCAAAAAUAAAACAUCUUAUUAGUCUGGAUGAGAAGAAGAGGGAAAGAUUCAUUUCAAGAACCGGAAAACUUGAAUAUGCUUGGUUUGCACCAAACUCCAAAGUCCUAGUUACCAUGGAGCCGGAAUACCAAGUCCGUCUCUGGGAUACCCAUACAUGGGAACUACUGCAUAGUAUCAAAGUUUCAAAUUACCAAGAGCUGGAGUAUCUUGCUAUUUCUCCCGACUCGGCGAUUCUAGCGACGUUUCUAGGCUUUACUAUCAAAUUCUGGAGUAUCGACACGGGAGAGUAUAUUGCCGAAGACCCGGAUUACAAGCAGUCUAUGCCAUUUGACCUACAACAACAAAGUAGGGUGAUUCAGAUCUGGUUCGCUAUCAUCAGACAAAAUGUAUCUCAACUGAAACGAGAUAAUCAUUAUUUUGCCUUUGACAGCAUUAAUAUAUCGGCUGACUCAAAGUUUGUGGCUUCGAGAUAUUCUUAUUAUAGCGAAGUCCACGUUUGGGAUGGAGAUCAUGGCAGAUUGAUCCAUGUGCUUGAAAGUAAACUUGCAGGGUAUAAGUCAGCUUUUGAACCCUUGAUCUUCUCUCCAGAUUCUCAGCUGCUAGCUCAUGUUAGCAGCCAUGGUUUUUCUGGCAUUCAGAUAUGGCGUGUUAUCACAGGAGAGUCUGUGUGCUUGCUUGAAUGCCCAGACAUCGUAUUGUCUACGUCAGUCGCAUUUUCAAGCGAUGGAAAAUAUCUGGUCGUUGGCAAUUUCAAUGGUGAAAUAUACAUCUGGAGCAUAUAUUCCGGCAUACUCGUCCAUAAAUAUGCACUUCACGAUGGAUCGCUGGAACAAAACGGAAUUAUAAGUCCUUCAAUCUCCUCUGAUUCUGCAUACGUAGCAGCAUUCUGGAAUCCUGGGCGACUCCAAGCACGAAUCUGGCACUUACAUACAGCAAAGAUAUCCUUUUCAUCUGAUUCGGCGAUCUUGGCCUGCAUUACAAAAUCCAUGGCCCAAAUAUUUGACGUUGCUACCGGCGCUUGUCUGCAGAGUUUUGCUUUUGACGGUAAUGAGCAUCUACGAUUACUAUCUUUUGAUCCUUUAAGUGGCCAAAUUCUCACUACUAAAUCCGUCUUCUAUAAAACUUCCUCAUGGAAGCACUGGCAGACAUCCCCACGGCUUGGCUACUCCUACGACUAUCGCUCGGACAGUCCCUGGCCUGAACGGGGCAGCUGGAUUCUGCUAAACGGUAAAAAGAACUGCUUUGUACCGAUGGCGUAUCGGCCUGGACCUUCUGAGUGGCCCAAGAGCACUGCCGAUGUGGCCAUGACUGAUUCCCUAUUGGUAACUGUAACUUCGACAAAUGUGGUUUUCAUCAAGCUUCCCACUCUACGUGAAGACACGACGACGAGUGUCGGGACCUCUGAAGUCGAUCUAGCGCCUCUAUUAAUUGCUGGUAGUACAGGCAACUCGUUUUCGGUUGCUCAUGCCCUAAAGACGAGCGAUUCAGCCCUAAGAAACCUCAAAAGAAGAAGAAGCACACCAAGCGAAGCCAGCGUUGGGGAGCAAGGCAAUAAUUUGUCUAAGCGAAAAGAGAUAGCAAUAGCAAGAGAAUAA